AUGUAUUUGUGUGUCCAACAAGGCAAAAAACAGACAUGCAGCGGCGACAGUGGCGGCCCUACAAUUUGCAAUGGAAAACAAUAUGCGGUUUGUAUGGGCUCUUACUCCGCGAGCGGCAAUCCAAAAUUUAAAUGCGGCGAUUCGGAUGUGGUAACGAUGCAUCUGUUUUUAUACUUCUUUCGAGAUUGGAUUUCCGGUGUUGUUGGUCCAUUAGAAAGUGGCGGAGGUGAUGGCAGAGAGAAAGAAGAAGAGGGUAAUGAGGACGACGACAAUGGUGAACAGGAAUACGGCGAGGAAUACGCCGACGCGGCCUCAACGGGUAACGACCAUGAAACGCAGGCAGAGGAAGGGGGAAUCAGAGGAGAUGACGCGACAUGUGGUUCGUAAUGUCCGGAUGAUGCACCUGGUACAUAAUGUCAACACCUGUUCGCCCGAG